CUAAUUGUAAACUAGAACAAAAAGAAAAAAAAAUUGUGCAUUUCAAAUAGUACACCUUCUUCUUAAACAAAGCACCUCUAAAAUCAGUAUCAAAACGCGCACAUUGAGAUCAAAUACCCAGAGAGCAAGAGUGUCAGUCAACUGCUAUACGACGCCGUAGAAAGAAAUUAAUAAUGUUUAGGAACCAGUACGACACAGACGUUACCACAUGGAGCCCCGCCGGACGGCUAUUCCAGGUGGAGUAUGCUAUGGAGGCCGUAAAGCAAGGCUCAGCGGCAAUUGGACUCCGAUCCAAGACUCACGUGGUUCUCGCGUGCGUUAAUAAGGCUAAUUCUGAGCUCUCCUCUCACCAAAAGAAGAUCUUCAAAGUCGAUGACCACAUCGGUGUGGCUAUUGCCGGUCUCACUGCCGACGGUCGCGUUCUCUCGAGGUAUAUGCGAUCCGAAUGCAUUAAUUACAGCUUUACCUAUGAGUCUCCACUUCCGGUUGGUCGCCUCGUUGUUCAACUCGCAGAUAAGGCUCAGGUCUGCACCCAGCGGUCUUGGAAACGGCCUUAUGGUGUUGGCGUUCUAGUAGCUGGGUUGGAUGAAUCCGGAGCUCAUCUCUACUACAAUUGUCCAAGUGGGAAUUACUUUGAAUAUCAGGCUUUUGCGAUUGGAUCUCGCUCACAAGCUGCAAAGACAUACAUGGAACGCAGGUUUGAGAAAUUUAUGGACUCUUCACGAGAUGAUCUUAUCAAGGAUGCUCUUAUUGCUGUUAGGGAAACCUUACAAGGAGAAACUCUCAAGAGCUCCAUAUGCACAGUUUCUAUAGUAGGAGUUGGAGAGGCAUUCCACACACUGGAUCAAGAAACUGUACAGCAGUUAAUUGAUGCAUUUAAUAUAGUUGGAGAGCCAGAACCAGAGGCUGAUGCUGCCGCUGAACCUGAUGCUGCUGCUGAAGAAGGUGUUGACCAGGGCGGUCCUGCUGCCACUGAGGGCGGUGCUGCUGCUGCUGCUGUUGAUGAGGGUGUGGCUCCAAUGGACAUAUGAGGAUGAAAGAAAUAGUGCUGCUUUUUCUCGUGAUCUUUAGUUUAUGUUCUGAAAUGCGUUUACAGAAUUUAUUUGGAAAAUGAAUAGCACCAUGGAAGACAUCCUUUUGUUGGAUUUUCUUUUAUGCAAGUUUAAUUUCGCUCA